UUAUUAAACACCUGGCAACCCUUGCUGGUGGUGGUGGUGUGAAGAUGUCUGUCGCUCGAGCUCUGCUGAUAAACGCAUUGAAAACGAAAGCAUGGAGAGCUAUAAAUGUGUCUUCAGUAGGACUGAGGCCUUUGCAGACAUGUCACGUGUCCCCUCAUGUCUCCAAACUGUGUUAUAGCAGCAGCUCAUAUCAAGGCCUGCAGGUUUCCUCCAGUCCCACGGACCAUAAAGUGCAUCUUAGUGAUUCGUGUGUCAAGAGGCUGAGAGAUAUCAUGGAGAAGGGAGAAUAUCUGAGGAUCCAGGUGGAAGGCGGAGGCUGCUCUGGGUUCCAGUACAAGUUUUCUGUAGACACCGUUAAAAAUGAAGACGACAGGGUUUUUGAGCAGAACGGUGUGAGCGUGAUAGUAGACGAGGAGAGUCUGGAGUUUGUGAAAGGAGCAACGCUUGACUUUAGUCAGGAGCUCAUCCGCUCCUCCUUCCAGGUGCUCAGGAACCCGCAGGCAGAACACGGCUGCUCUUGUGGCAGCUCUUUCUCUGUCAAAGUCUGAAACUUUUUUCCUGCAUCACAAACAUUUAGUGCAGUGGCUUUCAGUCUCAGUUCCCCUUUUUUGUUUAUGAACAUCUUCUGAUAGAGGAACUAAGAGGGGUUAAAUCAGGUGUGCUAGAGAACAUAGAACAUAUGCACACACGGAGUCAGAACUGAGAACCUGUGAUGUCCUCUCAUUGUCUUCUGAAAUCGUGAUGCACCUUAAAGAUUUUGCGUUGUUGUUCCACACAUAUGAACAGAACUAAAAUCAAGUGUGAAAUAUUGUUAUUCUAUGAUUUGAGGUUGUAAUCAUUCAGCAUGUCUUGGAAUUUGUUUGGGAUUAAUAUUGGAGGUCACUAAAACACUGUUUUCCUGUAAAUUAUACAUACAGACUGUAAAUAGUAUAUAAUAAAAUAAAUAUAAAGUGCAUUCUUUAAAAUAUCUUUGCAUAUUUCAUAUUAGAAAAAAAAUGAAAUGUAUUCAUGGUUGUGUUUUCAGCUAGCUAUCAUGUACUGCAGGGCGGCACGGUGGUGUAGUGGUUAGCGCUGUCGCCUCACAUCAAGAAGGUGCUGGGUUUGAGCCCAACGGCCAACGGGCCUUUCUGUGCGGAGUUUGCAUGUUCUCCCCGUGUCCGUCCUUGUGGGUUUCCUCCGGGUGCUCCGGUUUCCCCCACAGUCCAAAGACAUGCAGGUUAGGUUAACUGGUGGCUCUAAAUUGACCGUAGGUGUGAAUGUGAGUGUGAAUGGUUGUCUAUGUGUCAGCCCUGUGAUGACCUGGCGACUUGUCCAGGGUGUACCCCGCCUUUCGCCCGUAGUCAGCUGGGAUAGGCUCCAGCUUGCCCGCGACCCUGCACAGGAUAAGUGGUUACAGAUAAUGGAUGGAUGGAUAUUAUGUACUCCAAGCUCUGAGUGUGUGUGGGCUGCUUUUAGUACUCAAGACUUAUUUAAAUCUAUCAAUAACCAAUGUAACUAUUAAUACUGUCUGCCUCUGUAGUUUAUUCAAAAUAUACUCAUGCACCAGUGUCCAAAAACUGAUUGUUGCUGGGAAUAAAUAUCAUA